AUGGAGCAUUUAUCACAUGUUCAUCAAAGAAACUUAUGUGGUCGAAAUACACUUAUUUCAACGGUACGCUUGACCAUGUACAACUUCUCAUUCUGUGCACCUCCAACAAAUCCAUUUCAAGACUCGUGCGAUUUAAAAGUCAUUUUAGAGAUAACUGGACGCUACAGAACAGAAAGACUAAGAAAACUCAUCGACACAUCAGUGAUGUAUCUCUCCGUGAGAGACCUUGCUCAGUUUGGGUCAAAAACUGUACAGUUGGAUGACUUAUUGAUAUAUGAAUGGCUUGGCUUUGGUGUUCAUUUUACCGUUUUACAACUACCGUUCCAACUUAUGGUGUGUAUGACCCCAUUCACGCUCAGAAGUGAGUUCCCCAAUCCAAAUAAAUGGCGAGUGAAAAGCGAACACAGUAAUGGAAGAAAGUUCAAUUCCCUUAUAAAAGAACUGCUAACUUUCUUGUUUUACAAGGCACACACAAGAAAAGAUGAAAGACAUGAAAGCACAACCACUUGUCGGCAAUUACAAGAAGUGUCGUUUCGAGCUCAACACCUUUAUGCUCAUCGCGAUGAAUGUGUUGCUACUGACGAAUAA